AUGUAUAUUGCAGAUAAUAUCUUGAAUGUGAUAAUUGUAUUCUCAAAUAUUUUUACUAUUUUAAAUAUGGGAGACGCCUUCCAGCUUGUAUAUGAGCAUGUGCUCUCAAGUGAUAUCAGAAUUAUAAGUGGGUGCAAAAACAAAGACCUAUUAGCCCUCAUCACAGAAGAUGACACAAUCAUUAUCAAACGAAUUUCCCAUAAGCCUAAAAAUGUUGCUUCUAUUGAUGAGAUAAUAAAAAUCACAACCUUAGCUUUUAAAGAAGACGGGAAUGCAAUAGCUAUUGGUGGAGAUAAUGGAUUGAUCAAGGUUUAUUAUUUAGAAAGCAAAGGGCUAGUUCUUGUUUCUGAACAUAGUUUGCACAGUGAAGCAAUUGGGAUAUUAAAUUGAUUGGAUUUUCCCCGCCAAUUUUCUAAAGCAAGCUAUAUAGCUGAAAGAUAUAUCCCAAAUUCAAGUAGCAAAUCAAAUCUUAAUAUUGAUGGAUUAUCACUUUUAUAUUCAAUUGGCUCGGAAAAUAUUAAUCUAAUAGCAAAUGGUCAAUACCCAUUUGCCACUUUUUCAAAACGAGAUUUAUCUGGUGAGCAGUUUUCUUUAAAUGCCCUAAGCUUCAAUGAAAAUUUAACAAGAAUUGUAGGUCUCUUUACAAGCCCUGCAGGAGUUUUUAUUGGAACUUACAAUUCAUUAAUUUUAAAUAGAAAAUCCGAAAAUAUCUAUGACAUUGCUCAUAUUUUCACCAAAUGCGAAGAUUCAUUUAAAAUUUUAGAAAAAAGCCUAAAAGAUGCGCAAAAGGAAUGGCAAUUUAUAUCGAAUUCAUUUUUAAAAAGCUGAUUAGGCGGUAUUGAAGAAGUGUUUAAUAGUAAAAAUUAAGCAGAAAAUGGAGUGGUUGAAAGUGUGCAAGAAGUUUUAUUCCAAUGUGCAGGGACAGGCGUAAUCCCGCCUUGCUUAGCUAAAUUUAUUAAGGAUGGAAUGCAGAAUGCCAAGCAAAUACAACUGAAUGAAGAAGUAUUUAUCAAUUAGAAACUUUCUCUGCAAGUCAAAAAUAUUGAAAUUUUACUAUUGCAAAAUAUUUAUCACCAAUUGGAAAAUUUAGCAUUUUAUAUCAGUACUCUCGCUUCUUAUGCAAAUUGUCCUGAUACAUAUGGUCCAUUUGGUUUAGAUAAGUCAAAAUUCCAGAAAAUUUUAAACAGUAUUUUUUAUAUAGAUUUAAACAAGCUGCUGAAAUUAACUAAUACCACUAUGGAACUUAUAUCAGAUGCUCAUUAUGAUAUAAAAAAUACCUUAUCUUGGCUUUUUAACUGUAAAACCUAAUUAAGGAAAUAUAAGGCUAAAUAAAGAAGAAGAGCAAGCAGACCAGUUAGAAGAGUCUCCCGUAAAUAUGAAAAAGCUGUUAGAUUUUUUAAGUGACUCAGAUAGAAUUUAUUUCAAAUCACUUCGGAACAAUCUUAAGUCAGGAGGUUCAGCAUGGGAUGAGGCUUCUUUAAUAUCUUUGUAUCAAAAAGUCAGAAAACGGUGGGUUGAAGCUUUCAACUAUAGCCGAUCAGUUUUUCCUAAAUACAUUAUAAAGCAAAACUGGAUACAAAUUUCCAAUACAAUUCCAAAAGAUUUCAGUAUGAGAUGAAAUGAAGAAGCAAUAAUUGUUGCUACAUGCAUCAGGAAUAAUGCCUCCAUUUAUUCGUUAUCAAAUCAAGGAAAUUUAAUGAUGGAAAUUCCAAUUAGCAUUACCGCCAAGCAUAUUUCUUUAUACACAAAAAAUAAAUUCCAAAUCGUGAUAGUGGGUUCAGCUGAAAAUGGCUCAGAAAUAUUAGAAAUCAAUUUAGAAGGCUUAGUUUGGAGUCCUAUUGGAUCAGAAAAAAAAGUAACUCCUACUGAAACUCAAUCUAGAAUAUUUGUCAACGAUGAAGUCACGCUAUCAAAUAUAAAUCAAAAUAGGGGAAUUGCAGCAUUUACGUUUAAUGAAAGAUUGUUUAGAAUAGUAGACUUAGAAGAUUCAGAUUUCGCUUAA